AUGGCUACCGUGUCGACGGAGGUGACCAAGGUCAAGGAGGUGGUCAAGGAGUCAUUACUGGGCUCAGAGGUGCCAGAAGACGCGAUGAUGUCUGCGCGAUCGAAAGCGACCUUUAUAGACAAUGCCAAAAAGGAUCCUGAGACUGGGGAGUUGUUUAUGGGCGAAGAGGAAUUCAUAAAUGCCGUUGCGCCAGAAGGAGAAGAUUACCAUAAGAUCAAGCGCGAGCAAUAUGCGAUCCUGUUUCGUGUGGCCGAUCGAAGGGAUACUGGAAAGAUCAAUCUUCUCGAUUGGGGUACCUUUGAGAAUCUUCUCGCCAAACCGGACGCCGAGUACGAGAUCGCAUUUCGACUUUUUGAUGUAGACCGCACGGGAACCGUCAAAUAUGAAAACCUAAAGAAGCUCUAUAGCAUGAAUAAGAGUCCGGACAACAUACCGUUUGAUUGGGACUGCGAGUGGGCGAGCUUAUACAGUGGUGGAAAGAAACGACGACAUGACCUCACAUACCCUCAAUUCUCGCAGAUGCUGAGAGGUCUGCAAGGAGAGCGGAUACGGCAGGCUUUCCAUCAUUUUGAUAAAGACGGGGAUGGAUUUAUUGAGCCAGAAGAUUUCCAACGCAUCAUUCUUCAGACUGCGAGACAUAAGCUCUCUGAUCAUUUACUUGAGAAUUUACAUACCCUAUGUAAUAUUUCGGCCGGGACCAAGAUUUCAUACGCAAAUGUACGAGCAUUUCAGAAUAUGAUUCGAGAGAUGGAUUUGGUGGAGUUGAUUAUUCGACAAGCUACGGCGCAGAGCUCUGAUGGAAAGAUUACGAGGACGGAUUUCCUUAAUGAAGCAGCUCGAAUUACCCGGUUUUCGCUAUUCACUCCUAUGGAAGCAGAUAUCCUUUUCCACUUUGCCAGUCUCGACGAACCUUCCGGCAAGCUUGGUCUAAGUGACUUUGCUAAAGUCCUGGAUCCAUCAUGGCGGAACCCCUUAUAUAAUGCAUUUAGCCAAGCGACGGGUGCAGGAGCUACAGCAGUGAAAGUCAAGACGCAGGGCAUUCUGCAUUCAGUGUUAGAAUCAGUACAUCACUUUGGGCUUGGAUCGCUGGCUGGUGCGUUUGGUGCGUUUAUGGUCUAUCCCAUUGAUUUGGUCAAGACCCGAAUGCAGAAUCAGCGAUCAUCUCGUGUUGGGGAGAUGUUGUACAAGAACUCGUUGGAUUGUGCAAAGAAAGUUAUUAAGAACGAGGGUUUCAAGGGGUUAUACUCUGGUGUCUUACCGCAACUUGUGGGUGUUGCUCCUGAAAAGGCUAUCAAAUUGACGGUAAAUGAUCUUGUAAGAGGUCAUUUCUCUGGAAAAGAUGGCAAAAUCUGGAUUCCACAUGAGAUUCUCGCUGGUGGUACUGCUGGUGCUUGUCAAGUUAUCUUCACCAACCCCCUCGAAAUCGUCAAAAUCCGUCUCCAAGUCCAAGGAGAAGUCGCCAAAAACGUCGACGGCGCUCCCCGUCGCUCAGCCAUGUGGAUCGUCCGUAAUCUCGGUCUCGUAGGUCUCUACAAAGGCGCCUCCGCCUGUCUCCUCCGCGACGUCCCCUUCUCCGCAAUCUACUUCCCAACCUACAACCACCUCAAACGCGACAUAUACGGCGAGUCGCCCACGAAAAAACUCGGCAUUCUCCAACUCCUCACCGCCGGCGCUAUCGCCGGUAUGCCUGCCGCGUACCUCACCACUCCUUGCGAUGUUAUCAAGACCCGUCUCCAGGUCGAGGCGAGAAAGGGUGAGUCCUCGUAUACUGGGUUGAGACAGUGCGCUAGCACCGUGUAUAAAGAGGAGGGCUUCAAAGCGUUCUUCAAAGGUGGACCAGCGCGUAUCCUCCGAUCGAGUCCGCAAUUCGGGUUCACGCUCGCGAUGUACGAGGUCCUUCAGAAUCUGCUGCCGAUGCCUGGAUCUGAGAAAGCGGAGGAGAGCGCGAUGCAUAAGGGUGUCGUGGCUGCCGGCGAAGGAUUACCGGGGCAGGACGGCCCGAUUGGGUUCUUGAGGAGCAGGAACGCGUUGAAGAUUAUUUUGGAUCUGGAUGGUGGGUUUGGUGGGGUUGGGGGGAUGCCGGGGGGGAAGGAGGGGUGGAGGGGCGUGCCGAAGGUGCUGGGUGGUGGGAAGUAG